AUGGGGAAUAAGGAGAAGGCAAGCUUGCACAGCAUCAGGCAAAGCCCUGCAAAGUACUGGCAUUCACUCGCCCAACUCAAAUUCCGCCGUGACUAUCGUAGCGAUCUACCACCCAGCCUCCUCCGGUUCACGGGUUAUCGUCCCCCAGAUGAAGGACCACCUUAUGAUCCGCUACCAAUCCCUCCAUUCAUAUGGCUCCACAAAAUCCCCUUGAAGUAUGAGACUUGGCUGUUUGCUUGGAUCGGGGCUUUUGGGGGUAUUCUCUUAAUUGAGGCAAUUAUGUCUACAGAUACCGCAUUCCGCGAUGUAUACCGUACCCCUACUAUUAUCACAUCAUUCGGUGCCUCAGCUGUGCUGCUCUUUGGGGUAGUCGAGUCUCCUGUUGCACAGCCUCGAAACUUUGUCGGCGGCCAUUUUCUUUCUGCAUUGGUAGGAACAUGUAUAACUCGGCUUUUUGUACUCAAUGGCCAGUACCAGGGAUAUUUAGACAACACUCACUUUCACCCUUCGACCUUUAUAAAUGGAGGCAUCUCUAUGGCAACAUCAUUACUCGUGAUGUUAAUUACAGGAACUGUUCACCCACCGUGCGUCCCCCCUCGCACCCAUCCUUCCAGAUAUUCCACGGUCUAA